AUGGGCAUUCUCGACGAUAAAACAGGUCUGGACGACAAUAUCCUUUCCAGAAACGAGACUCGCGGAGAGAGUGUCCACGUGGGCACAGUCGACGAAGCCGAGGAUCAGUUGAAGCGACACCUUGGAAAUCGACAGAUUCAACUGAUUGCCAUCGGUGGCUCCAUAGGAACGUCUGUCUUCGUCAGCAUCUCCAAUGGACUCAUCGCUGGUGGACCAGGAAGCCUGUUUCUUGCUUUCAUCCUUUACGCCGGUGUCAUGGGUCUAGUAAACAAUUGCAUGGCCGAGAUGGCCGUCUUUCAGCCCGUGACUGGUUCCUUCAUCCGAAUGGCCGGCAAAUGGGUCGACUCCUCCCUGGGCUUCAUGGCCGGUUGGAACUUCUUCCUCUAUGAGGCCUUGCUGAUCCCUUUUGAACUUACGGCCUUGUCGCUUGUCCUCUCGUUUUGGCGUGAUAAUAUCCCGGUGGCUGCUGUUAUCUCCAUAUGCCUCGUUCUAUACUUUUGUAUCAACGCAUUUGCAGUCAAGUAUUACGGCGAAGUCGAGUUCUGGCUGUCCUCCGGAAAGAUCCUCCUCCUCGUUAUCGUCUUCUGCUUUACAUUCGUCACCAUGUGCGGCGGCAAUCCUCACCACGAUGCAUACGGAUUCCGAUACUGGAGGGAGCCUGGGGCGUUUGCCGAAUAUAUUACCACGGGCUCAUUAGGCCGCUUUGAGGGUUUUCUUGGUUCCCUCUGGUCUGCAGCAUUUGUCAUCGUUGGACCUGAAUACGUGGCCAUGGUCGCUGGUGAAACAAAGCUGCCUAGGCGAUACCUGAAGGCUGCUUUCAAGACGGCGUAUUGGCGAUUUGCCAUAUUUUUCGUCGGAAGCGCGCUAUUUGUCGGUAUCGUUAUUCCCUACAAUGACAAGGACUUGAUCGCAGUUCUCAGUGGCUCGUCCGGCGGGGCUGGAACUGCUGCAGCGUCACCAUAUGUGAUUGCCAUGAACAACUUUGGCAUUAGUGUGUUGCCAGACAUCACCAAUGCCUUACUGGUAACAAGCAUUUUCUCUGCUGGAAACGCGUAUACUUAUUGCAGUACGAGAAGUCUUUACGGACUUGCUUUUGAUGGACGUGCUCCCAAAUUCUUGCGCCGCUGCACCAAGCACGGAGUCCCCAUUUACGCGCUUCUUUGCGUUAUGGCCUUCUCUACUUUGGCCUUCCUCAACUUGUCUAGCAGCACUGCCUCGGUUUUAAGCUGGUUCGUCAAUUUAAUUACGGCCGCGCAAAUUAUCGACUACAUCAUUAUUUGUAUGACAUACAUUUUCUUUUACGCCGCAUGCCGCGCCCAAGGUUUGGACCGCCAAAGCCUGCCGUACGUCGGAUGGUUUCAGCCCUACUCUGCGUGGAUCGGGUUGGUUUUCAUGAGUAUUAUAGUCUGCACCUACGGCUACAGCAUUUUCCUUCCCGGAAAGUGGGAUAUUAAGUCAUUCUUUACUUAUUACGCCAUGGUUCUAGUUGCCCCCGUCCUCUUUUUUGGAUGGAAAAUCCUACACCGUACUAAGUUCGUCAAGCCGUAUGAGGCCGAUCUUGUAUGGGUAGCGCCAUUUAUUGAUGCUUACGAAGCAGCCUAUGAAGAGGAUGUCGUUGGUUUCAGGAGGGAAAUCUUGAGAAUUUUUGGCAUUGGGAAGAGGGGCAAGGCAGAUAAUACAAACAGUGCUUCGUGA